AUGGACCGUCGCACGCUACUGGGACUCGGCCUUGCGACCCUCGCUGCGACGGGAGCCGCGGAGUUAGGAUUAGUCGACGCGGCCUUGGCUAAGACCGUAGAGCCUCCUAAGAAGCAGCCGAUGUGGUUCUUAGGCGACGCGGCAGGGGGUGUGGACGGAGAGGGGGGGUUAUUGGGUAAGAGCGGACCGGCAGUGAGUAAAUCGCGCGUGUAUGACGCUACAACGGUUGGCGAGCCGGCUCUUGUCGGGGAUAAGACGAAGGCGUGGGAGAGACUGCUGGCGGCGAAGGUGGUUUACCUUGGCGAAGCAGAGGUCGUUCGCGAUCCCACGGAUAAGGCCGUGGCGCUCGAAAUCCUUCGCAAGCUGCGCGACGACUCGUUCGCCGCGGGUCGCCCGGUCACGCUCGCGCUCUCCGCGUUCCCGCGCUCCAUGCAGCCGCUCCUGGACAAGUUUAUCGGAGGAAGGCUUCCCGAGGAUGAGCUCCAGGUGGCAGUCAACUACUGGCCAAAGGGCCGCUUCCAGGAGAUGUUACCACUCCUUCGCUACUGUCGCGAAGCAGGAGUUCGCCUGUUCGCGUGCGGUGUGCCCCCCAAGGUGCUUCGCACAGUGCAAGCUGGCGGCAUUCAAGCUCUCUCCCCGUCGGACCGCAAAAAGUACGCGCCGCCACUCGGAGGCGGCUCGGCCGUCUUCCUGCGGCCCGACAGCACCACUGCCGUCCCUUCGUACGGUGGCGGUAACACUUCCGCGUUUGGCGCCGCCGCGACCGGCGACGCGGCGGCAUUAGCAAGCGGCGGCAUCAGCAGCAUCAGCGGCGGCAACGGCGGGCUGCUGGGAAUCGAACCCAUCGCGAACGCUGCCGAGCCUCUUGUCUCCCGAACCUCUUCCUCCCGAGCCUCGUUCCCGUUCGGCCCGGGCCCGUACUGGUUCGCGCAGGCGCGCGUUGUGGAAGAUCAUGCCAUGGCGAGCGCGAUCUCGCAGGGGAUGUCAGAAGGCGGGAAAAUCGGGCUGCUCGUCGUUCUGACGGGCGCGUCGCACGUGCGAUUUGGGAUUAACGGUCGCGGCGUGCCGUCGCGCGUCGCGGAUUGGCUGCGCGCUUCGUCGGCGUCGCAGGCCGUCGUGCUGCUGAAUCCCGAGCGGCAGCGCGCGCGGCUCGAGUCGGACUUCCCCGAGGCGGAUUUCUUCUGGUACUCGGGCAGCUGGGCGUGCACGCGCAACUGCUUCGACCGCGCGGAAAUCGCGCGCGUGAUGGGCGCCGCGGGGCGCACUCCCGAGGCGCUCCCGCGCGACCUGCAAGUCGGCAUCGAGCGCGGAUUAAUCUCCCCCGACACGCUCCAGUCCUUUUUCGAGCUCGAGAACAACCCGCUCGUCGCGGAGGCGACGAAGCGGUUCCAGGGAUUGCGGGAGCGGUUCUACGCGGAUCCGAGAUUUCUGCAGCGCCUGUGCACGGAGGAGGCGAUUAGUAUCGCCACGUCACUUGCCGCCCAGUUCCAGAAGCGCGGGGAUCGAUUCUGGUCGGAGCUCGAAUACGUUUCCGCGGAUAUUCUCCGGGGAACGGUGGUGAACUUUUUUUCGGUGUGGCUGCCCGCGCCACGUCUCUCCUUCCGGGAUGCCGCGGGGCCGGCCGCGCAGGUAGCUGGGGCAGCUGGGGAAAACCUUUUGGGCGGGCUGACCUCGUGGAUUUCCACGCUGCCCCACAAUGCGUUCCAAAUGGCUGGGCCCGGGCAGAAUUUUGGUCUCGCGGAGCGAAUCGGAACGGUUGUGGUUGCGGGAACGAAAUUGUUUUCGGUCGGGUUUGUUUCGAGUGUGGCGACCCUGUCGCUGACGAAUUUCCUGGCGGACAUGAAAAACAAGCUGACCGCGAACAGCGUCGGGCAGGCGGCGGAUGGGCAAGGGGAAUCGGCGCGUGUAGCAGCGGAAACGGCAGCAGCAGGCGCUGCGGCGGGAGGGGCGCCGGCAGGUUCGGAAACAGUAGCAACGGCAGUAGGAGCCGCUGCGAAUGGCAGCGGAUCUACAGUGGCGAGAUCUCCCGUGUUCAAAACCGCACUGGUGUACGGCGCGUUCCUGUCCACGUCAGCGAAUCUGCGGUACCAGGCGAUUGCAGGGAUCGUGGAGCACUGGAUCGCGGACUAUUACCUGGCGUCCAAUCCCGUCGCAGGGACGGCAGUCUCGUUCCUCGCCCGCACCGCCAACUCCUACUGGGGCACCUCGCAAUGGGUGGAUCUCGCACGCUUCACAGGCCUGCAGCAAUCACCAAAGCCGGCAGCUGAUGCUACAACCGUGGCUGUAGCAGCUACAGCCGCCCUGCCUGCAGGAGCUGUAGCUGCUGGUAACACCGUAGCCGCUGCAAAUUCUGGUGAUCCAGUGGAAACAAAUGCAGCAGCAGCAGCAGCAGCAGCAGUAGGAGCAGUAGCAGUAGAUGUCACCCCCUCCACUGGUCUUUCUGCACCUUCCUUGGAGUUUUCUUCCCAAGGCUCCCAGCCUUCACUCAUCCCUGCUUUUGCUGGCGCCUCCGCCACUGCAGACGUCUCCUUUGCUGCUCCUAACGGAUCUGCCGCUAACGAGUACCCUUUUGCUGCUCAACAGCAGCAGCAGCAGCAGCAGCAGCAGCAGCAGCAACCGUGUCUGUCCCCUCCUGUCCCCUCCUCUCACCUCCUGUCCCCUCCGGUCCCCUCCUAUCCCCUCGGCUCCUCAUCGGCAGCAGAGGGUUGCAGAAGCAACCCGUGGUGCCACACUUUUCUUGAGGAGCAGGAGAACUGA